AUGAUCAUUUUCACUACACCAACAACAAUCCAACCACCUCCAACAUCACAAAGAUUUCCCACACAUUCACCUUCACCACCAAAAUGUUCUCCUUCACCAGAAAAACCUAAACCCAAACCUUCUCCAGAAAAACCACCACAAAAGAAGGAGAAAAUAGCUUCAGCACCAUCAUCACCAAUUCACCCAAUAGAUGCUGAUACAACAAAAGUAUUAGCAGACGUUAGCCAAACAGCUGCUGAGACACCAGUUGUUUUAGUAGAAGUUUAUCAAACAUCUGCCAUGAUCAUUUUCACUACACCAACAACAAUCCAAACACCUCCAACAUCACAAAGAUUUCUCACACAUUCACCUUCACCACCAAAACGUUCCCCUUCACCAGAAAUCAUGUCCACGCGCAAGAAAAAAACUCAUGUUGUGUUAGAAGAUGAUGAGGAGAUUAAAUCACCAAUCCCCGUAUCAUCUGCCCCCAUUUAA